AUGACAGUAAUGGACCGGAGACAGAAGGUCAUGUUUGUGCUGUGCAUAAUCUUCGGAUUAUGGAGUUUCGGCACCAAUUGGACCACCACCUUGUUGUCCUUCCUUCAAUGGGACACCACUGAAGUGUUGAGCAUCGUGGACUUGGCCUACAUUCAGGCCUUCGGUAGCUUGUGUAACGCGGUGGGGGCCUUGGUCAUUGGCCAGAUGACCGAUGGCAUUGGUCCAAAGAUAAUGUUCAUUGUGUCAACCAUCUUGACUUCAGCCUACUACGUCUCCCUCGGUUUCUCCAAGACCUGGUGGAUGUUCUUCGGAAUCCAAGUAAGUUGACGAUAACAUGAUUCUGAUUCCGUUGCAGAUUUUCCGUGUCGGAUACCAACUUGACGCCACUGCUGAGAUGUACUUGGCCACCGUGACCACAGAGAGAGAACGUACUGGAGCCUUGAUGGUGUUGACUAUUCCACAGGUAUGAAAAGUCAACAUUAUUCAUAUUAAUAUCUGUUAAGUCCCUUAACUUCUUCGAAGUUUAACAUUACUGAUUAACCUAUUUUAGGCCAUUUCUAUGUUCUUGGCUCCGAUGAGUGCAUCGAAAGUGGCCGUCUGGACAUCGUUGAGAACUUCGCAGAUCAUCAACGGCUGUCUGAUGCCAUUACUUCUGUUGCCCGUGCUUCUAUUCUUCCUCCCCACCACCCACUCCAUCCCCAGGUUGGCUUCAGCCAGACUCCGUCCCCAAGACUACUGGCCAAUGAUCCGCCGUAACGCCGGUUUGAGAGAAGGCCUGAUUCUGAGAGCGCUUCUGAUUACGGCCUACGUGUGCUACGAGCUGAUUGCCAGAAACUUCUUGCUCCGUGCUUACAUGAAGGGCACCACCGACAGUGCUGAAGUUAUCAUCACGAUGGGUGCCUCCUUGUUGUUGGUCCAAUUCUUCGUGCUUCCGUUCCUUCAGAAGCGGUUCAGCCCUAAGGCCGUGCUCCAGAUUGCAGUAGGAGCUUUGUUCUUCAGCUACGCUAGUGUCACUUUCACUACCAACUUGUACCAGUUCCUUGUUAUCACAGCUAUUCAGACUGGAAGUUACGCUGUCGCCUACGCUGAAUCCUGCACCCAGAUUACCUCGUAAGAAACCUUAACUAUCUUUACAGUAUCUCAUGACUUAAGCUCAGCGAAAGGUGCAGUUUUAAGUAACUUAUACGCACAUUAUAGAUCGGUAGAAACAGGAGACCUUGGUAAAGCCACUGGACUGGCUUCCAUGGCUCAGUGGAUCGUCCACUUCCUCGUACCUAUUUAUACUUCUCACUUGGUUAACCACUACCACUACACUUAUGCCUUCUACUCGAGUGCUGUUGUUAUGAUCGGCACGUUCAUGUUCAUCACGGCCUUCGCCAAGAACACCAACGCUAGACUAGGAUCGGUUUUACCAAGCAUGAUUGUUACGUAA